CUGGGCGAUACGCUUCAGACUUCAGUAAAUCUCGUUAUAACGAGUAGGUAUACGAGAAAUUCGCGAUAAUAUCGUUAAUCAAUUACCAAGGCACCCUUUUCAUCAGGAGGCCUCUAUAUACAGUAAUGUCACGGAAAGGAAGGGAUUCAGGCAACAGGAGUGUGGGGCCCAGAACAGCGACCUCUCGUCCGCCAUAGGGACUAGCCAAUCUAGGCAAUUGGAUUUCUGGGGCGCAUCUUCAUGGAUCGGGAGAAGGGGCGCGCCUUCCAAAAAUUGCUCUCCCGAGUCCAACAUUCCUUCGCUCGCUUUGCCAUCGCCAUUGCAGCUCUCACUCCUUCAAGGUCAAUCCUCCAAGGACAGUCGUUCGCUCAGCUAGCAUCGCCGUUGCAUCGUAUCGCAGUCGAGUCAGCUGCCCCUCUGCGUCGACCUCACUUCCCUCGCCACCGCGUCCCAGCCAACAAUGCGCGGCUCUUCGCUCUUCGCCAGCGCCUUGCUGCUCCUCCAGGCCAAUGCCCAUCCAGCGGCGCCUGUAGAGGCAGACGAUGACCCCGUCGCCAUCAUCACUGCCGCCCCCGUUCUCGCGAAGCGUGCCUCGCCCACGGCGCCCUGGGUUCGCGUGGACGACGAGGGCCGCCCUGCCGAGACCUUGACGCCCAAGCUCAAGGACGGCUCGGACGACGAGUACGAUAAUGCGGCACCCCACGACCUGACCGCGUCCGAGUUCACCAGCACGGCCUGGGGACGCGUGACUACGUCGACCGGCGAGCCCCCCAAUCCUUCAGCCACGAACAAGCACGGCGAGGGUGCCUUCUCACGCUGCUACAAUGAGGACGGCGACAACGCGCCCCUGUGUGCUCCUGCGGAAGACAGCACCCUGUUCCAAGGCACCACGUACUACAUCACCUGGGACCCCGACUUCUUCAACAAGACCGACAAGCCGGGCAACGUCACCUACGAAAUCGCCGUCCGUCUCGACUACCUCAACCGCACCACCGAAAAGGAGGCCCCCGACUACAACAACCUCGAGGAGUGGCGCGACGAGCAGUACGAGAAGCUCGACGAGACGGACCGCGUGCCCGCCGACUGGGGCUUCCUCCCGCUCAAGAUUGAGAAGAAGUACCUCCAGGGUCCGCGCCCCCACAACAUCACCCUCCAGCUCAUGGUCGGCACCCAUGGCAACAAGGGACUCAACGAGACGGGCCCUGCGCUGCCCCUCGUCUUUGACUACCACCAGCGCCCGGACCAGGACCCCGAGACGUACGAGCAUCGGGACAUUGUGAUUGCCCUGCCCAUCACGUUCGGCCUGCUUAUCUUCAUCGCCGGCGGCGUCUUCCUCUGGAACCGCAAGACCAGGCGGAUCCAAAUUGGCAACAUCAUGUCGCGCUCUAGGGGCUACACGGGUCGCAAGGUCCGCGGUGUCUUUGGUAAGAACCUCGGCCGGGACGGCGCGGCUGGUGCCAUCCGCCUCGAGGAGCGCGAGACGCAGGGCGAGCCCCUGUAUGUCUACUCGGAUGUCGUGCCCGAGGCGCCCCGUCGCCACAUUAGGCGAGACAGCGACCUGGGCAGUCUCGCGGGUAGCCCCGUGACGCCUGAUUUCAGGGACAACUCGGAGGGCGGAAACGCCUUUAGGGACGAGAUGAGAAGGCAGGACGAGGAGAGGAGGGCGAGGUAGCUCUAGACGGCGGAUGGUGUACAAUGGCUGUAACAUGAUACGGAAUAGACUUGCUGGGAUGGGUGGUGUUUUUGGUAACGUCUGAUGAGAAAUGUACGAUUUGCGCUACAUUAUAGAUAUACUAAGCUGGCUUGAUUUUCAUG